AUGCGGCGGUUAUCGUUUUUCAGCUCAAGGCGAUGGCGUAUCUUGACAGCUGCAGUUGCCGUGACAACGUCGGGUAUCUACUACAAGCAGCAUUGCGGAUUGAAUCGACCGUCGCCAAGGGAACAUGACAACCAACAAGUGGAAGAGAGCAUGGUGGGCGACCAAGUAGCUCAUUCACAUACAAAGCACCCUUUGAUAUUUCAGUGGUCAAGUUUGCCAAAGUUUAUUGAAAAACGUUAUGAUCCUCAGUGGCAAGGAGAAAACGGAUGGUUAUGGCGUGCUGGAAGUACUCUCGUUGUCGGUGGUGUUGGCAUGGUUUCGAAGGUUGUCCUCAAGUAUCUGGAAUACACACGUGUCUAUAAUCUUGACAAGUUUAUGGCGAUUGUGGAUCAGGAGCAUCGUGAUCGUGCGUUGAUUACAGUGUCAAAUCACGAAUCGGUGUGGGACGAUCCUGUAUUGUGGGGUGUACUACCUGUGGAGACCUUGUUUACUAUUGACAAGAUGCGUUGGGUUCUUGGUGCAGCUGACAUUUGCUUUACAACACUGCCAAGGUCGAUCUUUUUUUCACUUGGACAAGCUAUUCCCACGAUUCGAGGAAGCGGGAUCUACCAACCUGCUGUUGAUUAUGCGAUUCACAAGGCCAACCAAAAUGGGUGGAUCCACAUUUUUCCCGAAGCCCGCGUGAACCAAAGUGAUGCAAUGAUUCGUUUCAAAUGGGGUGUUGGUCGAAUCGUCAUGGAAUCGGAACGAUGCCCGAUUGUGAUACCCGUAUGGCAUAAUGGAAUGGCACAAGUGAGACCACUACAUGGCCCACCGGUGAGAUUUUUUCAGCCCGUAACAUUGGCGUUUGGUGAUCCUAUCGAUUUUCAAGAAACCUUGGAUGCAUGGCGUGCAGGCGAGCUUACUGAAACUGAAGCAAGAAUCCGCAUCACAUCCACAAUCUUCAACGCACUCGCCGAGCUAAAGAAAAAAACCGAGUCCAUGAUGCAAGAUUUGACAUCGGGUCACGAAAGGGAUGAUGCUGUCAAGCCAUAA